AUGAGCGCUGACGAGGGCGGAGACACAACCCCGAUGUCUGUCGCAAACGGUGAUCAUUCUGAUCUUACUGCAAUUGCAGCUUCUGGAAAGCGAAAGCGAUCCACUCAAGACGACAAGUCAAGCACAGACUCCAGUGCCUCCGCGUCGCGCGAUCGAGCAAAUCUCCAUGAAACUCUUCGCAAUCUGAUUGAACUUUUACUCAAACAUGACUUUGAACUCCAGCUUCUCUCUUGCCCCUUCCCGAAUUCAACCACCAAGCCUCGAACAAAGCGCGUAAAGGUUUCCGGCGAUCAGGAAACUUCCAACAUACGAACACGAGUCAAUUCGGACAGAUACAAUACCUUGCAGGAGUUUCUUUCCGACAUCGAAAGGGCAUCAGCUGCCGUUAUUGAACGUAAUCAAGCCCAGUCCAAUGGCGCAAAAGUCGACGGGGCCCCCUUAACUGAGAUAGUCAACCGGAUCGCAGCUUUCAAAAAACACAUGAACGGUUUGAUUGGCCAAAAUUUUGUCAAUCAGCCUGAGGUCAAGACCGAGACACUGGAGGAGGACACCGAUUCUUCGGCAGAGCUUCUUGCAACCAAUGUCUGCACUCGAGAGGACAAACAUGCUUUGACACUGUUUGGCAACUCAUCGAAUCCUAAGCAACUAUUUUCGAGUCUCCAGAAAUCGGUCAAAGUGCCACUGCAAUCCCAUUCGGGUCCUGAAAAGUUCGUUGAAGUGCAAGAGGAAUUGCGCGAGGCCGGUCUGCCUAACGGCAUCACAGCCACUAAAGUUGUUCCUUAUAACCUUGCUGCCGCGGUAAAAGCAUCAAAGCGAACUUUCGGGGAUGUGUUUGCCCCACGUGAAACAUUGUUGAAAUUGGAACCUCCCCGCAAACGUUCGCACCGGGGUAGUGCGACCACGUGGAUGGACCGAUUCGAUGCUAUCUUCGAUGUCAAAAACUUUUUGGGCGAGCGUGGCAACUAUUGCCUUGCGCCCCUGCCAUCUACGCAGUGGCUUCAGUAUGGCGGGGUCACUUCAUCGCCAGCUUACUGGGACCGUGUGGAAAAGCAACAUGGAGACCCGGACAUCUCUCACAUCCAUGGGGAUCCUGCUUUGUGGAAUGGCCCUGACUCUUCCGCUUUCCAGGGCGUUUUCUCUUCAUUUGCACCUUCUCAUGAUAGCUCUGGGGCAAUUGUUCAGCUCGCUUCAAAGGAUAUGGUCUGGUGGGGCCAACGGGGGGCGGACCGCGUGAGCACUUUGCUGUCGGUACCAUACGAAGGCGAAGGCGAUGAAGACACUUCCAUAAUUGCUCAACCUGGCAAUAUUGGCGAACUUGAUGAAAGUAUUUUGGAUGAAAUGGUUGCGUCUUUCAAGUCCGAAGACUUUGCCAUGAAUAUUGCAGAGCCCGACGCGAACGGCGACGUUGAUCCAGAAACAAAAGACGUCCAGGACAUGCUUCGCGAUAUCUCUGAACUGCUCGACACUCUCAGCUCCUAUCAACGUCUCCGGAACCUCAACCCUCCUUCUAAUUCCCCCCCGACUGGCCAACAAGGCCCUGAGUCAAAUGAAACUCCUGCCCUUGACUUGGGUGAUUCAAACACACCAUCCGAUGCAGAGUUUAGUGUUUAUGAGACCCUCAAGUCAAGUCUUGUGGCAAUCAUUAGCAACCUACCACCUUAUGCUGUUGCUAAACUGGACGGCCACCAACUUGCUGAUUUGAACAUCAGCCAAAAGAUUUUGGUCGAUACCCCAGACUAUAACGGUACCAUGGAAAAGGACGACUUCACUUUAUCUCAAGAACGGGCCGCAGCAUUGAUCGCAGCAGCCAAUGCCGCGGGUCGGACUUCAACGCCCUCUAGCUCACGACCGACCUUCCCAGGAUCUCACAGUGGCUACAAUCAACGUGUCUUCGCUGCCAACGCCCGAGUCUCACAAUCCCAGCCCGGGUUCCAGGUUACGCCACAACACGCGCGCCAACCUUCAGUGCCAGCUACAUACACACAUGCUUAUGGUGCGGGUCGACCACCAAGCACGCCCAGUCAACGUCCAAGCAACACCCCUCAGUACUCGCAAAAUAACCCACCAUAUAGCCAAGGAAGCCAGGCACUCCCAUACCAGCGUCCGGCCUCCAACGGAUAUCUCCCUGGUGGGCAGCAAGGACAAGCAUCUGCCCAAGCAUCCCCUCAGCCCUACACUCCGCGACCAGGUCAGCCAACCGCUUUUAAUGCCACACCGCAGGGCCGCACCCCCUACGCGACCGCAACUGCGAACUCGUCUCAGCGACCUCCGUUUGCGAAUCAAACACCUACGCAAGGUGGCUACGUAAAUUCCGCCGCUGCAGCCACAUACUCUCGCAGUGCCGCGGAACAAGCUGCGCUGAUGGACCGCAAUAAGGCACAAUUAGCGGCUCGCCAGACCCGUCACAGCCCUUCGACCCCCAGCCCCAAGGUUUGGAUGCCCGUGCCUCCCAAGAGGGCAGUACGACCCCAGGAAGCAAGCAGAACGGCACACCUCUUUCAACGUGAUACUCUCUUCUGUUUUUUCUUGUCUCAGCACGUGCAGGCGGUGUUUCAAAAGUCCACAAUUAUUCAGACGAAUACGCGGAACCAGCCUUCUGCUCUUUUGGGAGUUGCAUUUGUUUUUAUUCUCCGUUUCAAAUUCCAAGUGUUGGAAAUGAUCUAUGUUUCCAAUUUCUUCUUUUCCCCAAAUGUGUUGUUAAUGAACCUCGUUUCCUGUGGUUUUGUAUGA